AUGCCCAGCUUGAGGGAGUGUCAGGAGGAGUUUGCCAAGGCUCUCACAGUACAUCGGGACACCGUGCCAAAGGACGUGUUGGCGCACGCUAUAGGCUCUUCAGGAGAAGGCGCGUCUUCCAAGACAGCAGGCCUACAGAAUGGGAAAGCAGGGUCCCAUGGUCAAAGAAGCCGCAGUCUUUGGGUAACUCUUCCAGGAUGUCUACUGUGUCAGAAGAACACGAAGGAAUUGAACCAGCAGGGGGAAAUGGCUAUGAGGCUCCUAGUUCAGAACGAAGCUCUCAAUGAGAAUGGAAGUCAGAUGACACCUACACACGCCUCCAAAUUGUUCAAUGAGGUCAACCGCCUGUUGCAGCACGAAAUCGGUCUUGCAACGGACCAGGUGCCGCCUCGCUACCAAGGUAAACCUGUGGUCUACACACCGGCAAAUCAGUCUACCUUUGGGCCAGACCGGCAGCAGCGACACAGCGAUAUCAAUGGAAAUUUGUGGGAUUCGACGGGACAUAUAUCGAACCUCCCUAUAUUUGGUUCUACCACUGGAUAUUCGGAAUCGAUGGAUUAUGGUCCUCUCGUGAAGAAGUUGUUGACCACGCAUGCAAACUACUUAUCCAAAGAGUCGUUGGUCUUCGCUUAUAACCCAUGGCAUGGGCUAUGCUAA